AUUAGUUGAUACCAAAAUUCAUUAUAUUGCAAUUGGUUUCAAUAAAAGUGUUGGAAUCAACAUUUAUUUUUCUUUUCUUUCUGCAGAGUGGUUCAGUAAUGAUUUUGAUUUUUGAGUGAUUCGUCGUGUUUAGGAUAAGAAACUGCAAUUGAAACGGUGCAAAAUGUAUCGGAUUGCGUCCCGUUAUACCUACCGCAUAGCUUAUAUCUUAAGCCACAUGCAAAACUGGUUAUAUCAGUGCAAUUGCCAACCACGGUCACUGGCAAAAGUAUAUCAAAUUGGGAUGUCAUGGAAAAUCUACGCAACACUAUCUCACCCGAUAAAUUCUCUGUGCUGAAGGUUACUAAAAGUACAUUAGAAUUGACGCGUUUAGAUGCCGAACUGGACGAUCGAGAACGUUUGAAAGCAGUUGUACAACGGCUUGAUGGGAAUUCUAUAAAGUUAAAUGGUUUCUCAGAAUCAGCUCGCAUUCGAGCAUCGGAAGCAAAAGAUAAUUUUCCAAAACGUCAUGAUUGGGAUUCAUAUUUUCGUGAUGCACGAAACAUGGAUGAAAAGAAACCCGGUGAACGCCCAGACACCAUUCAUAUAUCCAACUUACCCAUUCGCUGGUUCUGUCCACGGCAUAUGGAAAAUGAAGACGAUGUCAAACCAAGCGAAAGCAUUUUUAAGCGAAUUUUUGAAAAAUUUGGCCCUGUCCGUGUUGUUGACAUACCGAUUUGCGAUAUUUAUCGCAAAGAGAUGAAAUCUCACAUGACUGGAAUGAAAACAUUCAGCUUUGACCAGGAGCUAUAUUUCGAGGGAUAUGUGCAAUUUUCGGAAUACAUUGGUUUCGUUCGAACCAUGGAUGCGUUACGCGGUAUGAAAUUACUACGAAAAGAUGGCGAUAAAAAUCUAGCCAUAAGUAUUGCUGUUGACUUCGAUACGACCAAACAUCUAAGUGAAACGAGUAUCAAGCGACGACAAGUGAUUCGAGAUCGACUCAUUAUGAAAGAGAAUGAAAAACGUGAAGAGGAACGACGUAAGGCUGAAGAAGAAGAAAAACGGAAGGAAAAAGAAAGGCAAAAAGUGGAACAACAAAAAAUAGAAGAAUAUGAAAAGCAGCGACAACGCGAAGAAAAGCGAAAAGAGAAACAUUUGAAAAAGAUACGAGAGCAAGAGCAACAUCAAUUGAAUUCGAAGAUUCGAUCCGAGGAGAAGAAAUUGUUGAUUGCUCAACGGAAAUUGGAAAGCAUACGUGUGUUGGAAGCACUCUUUGAUCGUAUCAAGAUAAAAAAUGUAACGCUCAAAGCAAAGAUUAAGAAAGAACGUGAUGAAAUCGGAUCAAGAGACAAGCACAAUUCACAAAAAUCAUCAUCGCUCCGUCGAAAUCCAUUGGAUUUGCGAAAUAAAUUGAUAAGCAAAGUUAAAUCAGCAUCAGAACAAGAGCUUGAACGGCAAAAAAGUCGCUUGAAAAAGUAUCGCUCCGGUAUCAUAUUGAAUCGUGGUUCUGACGAACGUUCGCCGAGUGUUAAUUCAAUUAGCUCUGACAGUAUUUUAAGUGAUGACCCAGCAACUAAGAAAAAACGAAAGAAAAACGAUGAAUCGGACGCAUCGCAUGAAGAAGACGAUAAAGAUGAAAAUCAUGGUCCAUUGAUGCCUGCCAUGGGCGCAUAUCCUAUGUACAAUCCAGAAACAGGACAAUGGUUGGGCAUGUAUCCAUAUCCAGCUCCAUUUUUUCCACCAAUUUAUCCUCCAGCAGCAAUGCCGUAUUCGAAAAGUUACGAAUUGGCACCAAGAGGAGGCUAUCGUGGCCGUUUUCCCAGAUCGAGAGGUGGCCGACGUCUCUACAGAGGUGGUCGUGUAAAUCAUUAUGGGCAUGAAGAUCGCCGAAAUGAUGAUUGGUAUGAUCACAAGCGACGUGAUCAUCGCAGAAGAUCGGAAUCUCGUAGCCGUAGCCGUAGUCGAAGUCGAUCUUAUUCAUCACGUUCUCGUAGUCGAUCACGCAACCGACGCAGUCGCAAGAGUCGUAGCAGAAAUCGAAGCAGCAGUCGUAGCAGCCACAGCCGGUACGAUACCAAAUUACAGGCAGAUAUUAAAUCGAAAAAAUUGGCUUCAACACUUAGACGUUCACACUCGUCAUCGUCCUCUGUGUCUAGUCGUUCACAUCAUUCACGUUCACGAAAACAAAGCCAGUCGUCACGUUCUCGUCAUCGUUCAAAAGAUGGCAAAAGAGAAAAAUCGUCAUCGAAUUUAGAACGAAAAAAGCGACAUUCAACGCGAACACCAUCGCCACCACGCAAUGCCAAAUCAUCCGAACGUGAAAAAAUAACAAGUACUCCACCAGCCAAACGGUCUCCGUCACCACCACGGAAACAAUCAAAAUCCAGAUCAAAAUCGGUCGAUAGCUCUGCGUUUCAAUCACCAAAACACAAAGCCAAAAGUGUUACACCCGAAAAAGAAUGGGAUUGAACAAACAUUGAAGCUAUUUGGAAUCAAUAUUGAUUUUUAUUUUAUAACUUUUCUUUCAUUUGAAUAAUUAGCUACAUAUAGUUUUUUUGUAAAUAAAAUUCAAAAGAAUAA